AUGUCAUUCGAUUCCACUUCCCCGUUAAAUACCGAUCCAAAUGCCCGCGUCUUCAGCUCCUCAUGCUUCGACUUCCUACUCAUAGAAUUGGUGCCAAUGGCUGAGCGUAUGGCAAAGGAACUUGCGACCGAGGGAAAGGAAACCGAAGAUGAAGAGGUUAGAGAGACGACAUUCUUUCGUCUAGAGUCUCUGGGCUAUCGUGUCGGGCAAGGCCUCGCGGAGCGCUUCGCCCGAGACCGUCCUCGAUUUACCGAUAAUCUCGAUGUGAUCAAGUUUCUCUGCAAGGAUCUGUGGACGGUCCUAUUCAAGAAACAGGUGGAUAAUUUGAAAACGAACCAUCGGGGUGUCUAUGUCCUAACCGACAGCGCGUUCCGGCCAUUUGGUAGGAUGAGCAUGGCGGUGCGGAGUGAAGCAAUCUCCAUGGCGCAAGCAUACCUCUGGUUUCCUUGUGGUAUCAUCCGGGGUGCGUUGGCCAAUUUGGGUAUCAACACCACCGUGCAGGCCGAGACCUCGGAUCUACCAGGUGCAACUUUCCAGAUCAAAACUCUCCAGCCUCGGCCUUGA